AUGACGUCGAUCACGUCGAAGAAAGCAUCACACAGUCACACGGUGUCGAGCCUCGUUUCUCUCUUGUUGCUGGCGUUCAACUUUGUUCAUUCCCAAGCUCGAAAGGACAAGCGGAGAGCAUGCAUCGGGGUGCUGACAGUCCUCUUGGUGGUCACCUUCAUCGGGUUUGUGUACAACGUGAUCCUGAGGAGCCCUGUCAUCUUCCUCAAGCUCGCUGAGACUCAGGUGGGGGAGACGGACAUGGUUAUCUUUCCGAGCCUCAACCGACUGGAUCCUCUCCUCAACCUGGACAAGCAGAUGGAGCAGGUCGACGUGUACCCCUUCUUCAAUGCCUCUCAAGUCCGCGACACGCUCUCUGACAUCCCGCAAGUCUUCGGCGUGUCUCCUCGUUGGAUCGUCCGGGGAUCGAUCGCUAGCAGCAGGGAGCCGAGCAAGCGCGUGGUGACCUACAUUCUCGUGUGCGACUUGGAAGAGGAGGAGAGGAUGGGGGUGGGACGCGCAUGGCCGUACAGGAGGCUCGGGGCCUUGGAGGCGCAUGUGACUGCGUCUGUCCUCAAGUCUCUCAAAGUUCGUCCGAAUCGCGGGGAUCGCGUGCUGAUCGACAUGGGUAUGCAGAAGCUUCUCAACUCCUUCGGGGUCAACGCAGACGCUCUCAAGCAGCUUCUCUUCCGCUCUGUGCUGGAGGACGGGGUCACAGUCAGGCUCAACGGGACGAUGAUCCGCCUGUACCUGGAGGAGCAGGGCUUCCUGGUCCCCCCCGGGCUCAUCAGUGACACCAUCGUGACGCGGCAGCCAGUCUCGUCCCUCGUCAACGUCGACCGACUGAUCGAGGCGAGCAUCGAGGGCGUCAAGCGAGGAGAGCUGAUGAACCUCGACGUGUCUGUAGCCGACGCCAUCGAGAACUCCUACGAGAAGUGGCCGCCCAUCGGGAAUAUCGUGCUGCUGGAAGCCAAGUACUUCUUGCAGGCUGUGAAGGCCUCGAUGAAUCAAGUGCCGCUGGUGCAGAUGCUCAACCUCGGAGUGCUGGUGAACCGAACUGGCAACGUAGAGGAGGCCCUCCUGCUCACAGAGACGCCCCUCACGGACGAGUGGCUCAACUUCAACCUCAUGGAUUACGCUUUCCUCGUGCUGGUCCAGUACCGUGACCGAUACAUCGCCUACCUCAAGAGCGAGGCCGGUCGACUGUCCGACAUGGUCAAGUUCUCAAACGAGGUCGGAGAGAAGCUUGGGUUCACGUCCAACCUCUCCAUCACCCUCCCCAUCGCCACGGCUCUGCAGCCUCUCAUGUUUCUGCGCGUCUUCCUGCAGCAGAUUUUCAACGCUGUCGUCGCUGUGCUGGUCGUCCAUGGCUGCAUCACCGUCUACUCGCUGCUGCUCACCGACGUCAACGCGCGCACCUACGAGUAUGGCAUGCUCAGGGUGAUGGGCUUGACCAAGACCUCCCUCCUCACCCUCCUCCUAGUCCAGGCCCUCUACUAUGCCGUGCCCGGCCUUCUCCUCGGCCUGCUCCUCUCUUGGGCUGCUUCUUUCCCCGCCAUCGAUGCCAUCUCCAAGUACGCAUUAGUGUCCUUGGACUACAACCUGGAGGCCAUGGCGCUGACGUCGGCGAUCGCCAUCGGGAUAGCGAUGCCGCUGGCAGGAAACAUCUUCCCGAUCAAGCGAGCUCUCUCCCGCACCCUCGCCGAGAGCUUGGACGUCUACCACAAGACCCACGCGGAAACCAUCGUGCAUUUCCAGCGGCUAGCAGACCUGGGCCUCUCUCCCUCCCAGACGUUCGGAGCCGUGGGGAUGGUGGUGACGGGGGUCCUGAUCUAUUAUGUCAUCCCGCUCUCCUUCCUCCUGCAGAACUUCAGCCUCCUCCUGUCCUCGCUCAACUUCAUCCUCCUCGGAACUGUUGCCGGAUUGAUCCUCCUCUCCGUGCUUCUCCAGCCCACGGGCGAGUGGCUCGUGGCGCAGUUGAUCAUGCAGGGGGAGGACAGGAGGUUCUUGGACAUCGUGCUCAAGAAUCUGACGUCGCAUCGGCAGCGGAGCAUGAAGACGUCGCUCAUCUUCUGCUCGACCCUCGCGUUCAUCGUCUUUGCGGGCUCCAUGUUCUCGCUGCAAGCUCACUCCAUCAUCGGCAACAUCAAGGUGGCGUUAGGGAGCGACAUCAGGAUAGAGAGCAGUCAAGGGCCCCUUAAGGAGUCGAACCUCUCCUCCUUCCUCCUCCGCGAGCGCCUCCGCCCUGACAGCUGCGUCCUUGACUUCGCCUGGGCCUCUUGGCCCUUGUGGAACGUGGAUCCUCCAGUCUCUCGCGUGAUCAUGGGAAACAUGGUUGGGUUUCCCCAGGGCUUCAACGCUGAGACUGUCGCCAUCUCCGACAACUAUCUCGACGUGACCUACAGCGAGUUCUUCGUCCCUCUCAGCGCCGACGGCUGCUCUCGCCAAGACUGCAGCAGAGGCCUGGACUUCACCGUCAACCCGAACCGCAAUGAGGACCAGCUUGAGGUCAAUGUUCUCAGUGGAGCUCAGCACGCGUGCGAGAGGGUCCCUUCCUCUUGCAGGCCGCUGGAGUCGAGCAGGGCGAGGACGAGGCCUCGAGUUCGAGGGAUCCUGCCGGCGAGCCUGGCGACGUCGAUAGGAGCAGAAGUGAAGAGCCUCCUGGUGCUCGUGCUCAUCGCACAGAACGAGCGCGAGUACUCCCCCUCGCGCUUCCGCAGGAACAUCUUCAUCGAACUGGAGCCUAAGGUCCUCGCCAAGAAGUUUCCUGGUUUCUUCUUCUCCUCCUAUGAGGCUGCCACCUCUGUCUCCGACCCUCCGCUCUUGGUGAACGAAGACACGUGGCAGAAGCUCUUCGACCUUGCGGUGGAAGCAAGCAACUUGAACGCUACGAGACUUGGGCUUCCGAAGAGACCGCCCAAGCGAACUCUCCACAUCCGCCUCAAGGAGACGGCAGACGAGCAGGAGCGAGUGGAUCUGAUCAACAGCCGUGAGGAGGGAGAGGCAGAGGGAAGAGAAGUGACACCCCUGCGACUAGUUCGCCCCUACCUGGAGGAAAGCACGAGCAUCAGCGACACCCUACAGCUUGUGGAAGUCACGUCGGGGACGGUCAACAUGAUGAUGCUAUUCUUCUACUUGAUCGCUUUCAUCGCUUCCGUCCUCUGCUUCUUCAUGCUCUUCAUCACCUUUGAGGCGAAUGUGCGAGAGAACCUGUGGGAGUUCGGAGUCCUCAGAGCUCUUGGCAUCAGUGCUAACGAGCUUGCUCGCAUCUUCGUCUACGAAUCCUUGAGUAUGAUCAUCUCAGCCAUCGCCAUGGGCUCCACCAUCGGCCUCGUUGUCUCCUCGACCCUCACCUUGCAGCAGAAUCUCUUCACGGAGAUGCCUUUCCUCUUGAUCUUCCCCUACUGGCUCUUCAUCUCCGUCAUCGUCCUCUCCCUCCUCGUCGCGGCUUUCGGGGCUCUACUGCCGGUCAGGAAGAUGCUUCGAUGCUCGAUCUCGGAGGUUCUCAAGAAGACAUGAGGAAGCGGAAGGCAGGUGCUGGACGGGAGCUGGACGGGAGCUGGACUAAGAUCUACAUUAGAUACCACAGACAUGUC